AUGGCUUCCUCAGCGGCUUCCUCUCUCCGAGGCCUGGUCAGGCCAUCCAUUCCGAUUGCGCCUCGAAUUCAUCCCAUCAUCCUCGCCCGAGCGGCAUUCUUCUCGACCACGUCUUCCUUAGCCGCUGCUCCGCCUCCAACAAUCAAGUCCCGCAGAGAUCUUCCAAAAAAGCAGAAGAAAACUUUCAAAAAGAAGACCAAUGUCGUGGCUGUCAAGAAGCCGAAUCCAGGAGAGCGCAAAGCCUUCCGCAAGCGCAUUCAGCUCAGCAACAACAGUGCCUUGCCAGUUCAGAACAUUGACGAGUUGACGCCCGAAACGUUAGCCAAGAUCGAGAGCAAAGGCAAGAUGUUUGCUCUGCCGGAUAAAGUGGUUGAUCAGUUGAGGGCUCUGGAGGCUUUCAAGACUACCCAAAUGUGGAAUUUGUUUAGACGGCCGCACGUUUUGGUCAGGGAUGAGACGGUCGAACUGAUGAGAAGAUUGGAAGGGUCCAUGGAGAAGAAGGAGGCGCUGAAGUGCGUGCUCACCGGGAGUAAAUUGUCGGGAAAGAGCUUGACUCUGCUGCAGUCCAUGUCAUAUGCAUUGAUGAAUGAUUGGGUUGUUCUGCACAUUCCUGAAGGUCAAGACCUUACCAACGGCAAUACCGAAUACUCACCCAUCGAAGGCACCGAGCCAUUGCAGUUUGCGCAACCAGUCUACACACUCAAACUGCUCCAAAACAUCCUCAAAGCCAACAAGGCUGUUUUGGAGAAACUCACUCUCCAAAAGGAUUGGUCACGCUUCACUCACCUCAAGCAAGGCGCCACCCUGGCCGAUCUUGUCCUCAGUGCCAAAGAAAGCGAAAACGCGUGGCCGACGCUCAAUGCCCUCUGGACGGAACUCACCCUACCCGGACGGCCACCCGUGCUUUUUGCCCUCGACGGCCUGGCUCACAUCAACAAGAUGAGCGAGUACCGCGACCCGUCGUUCAACCAAGUACACGCCCACGAAUUAUCCCUUGUGCGUGUCUUUGUAGACGCCCUCUCUGGGAAGACGAAGCUCCCCAAUGGCGGCGCCAUCAUCGCUGCUACGUCAGACAACAACACACAUUACCACCCUUCGCAAGAACUCGUCCUCUCACAACUCGAGGCCGGUCAGGCUGGUCGUGAAAUCCCCAAGCCAAACCCCUACGAGAAAAAGUAUGAUGAGCGUGUGUACGAGUCCCUGAAGAACAGCUACGUUUUCAGAAUCGAAGGCGUGUCCAAGGAUGAAGGGCGAGUGUUGAUGGAAUACUGGGGCGCGAGCGGUAUGCUGCGCACUGUUUUGAAUACGAGGACUGUGUCUGAGAAGUGGGCUCUUGGUGGGCAUGGUAUUGUCGGUGAGAUGGAGAGGGCUUCCUUGUUGACGAUGAGGAUGUAA